AUGAAGGUGGAUUUGGAUAAUAAUUACUGUGAUGCCAUAGUGAUAAUGCUGAUUAUGGAUAAUCUUUUAUCAACCUUCGAUGAGAACAGAGUUCAGGACUUUGAUAACUAUAUUCCACGUUACGACAAUAUUCCGAACUUUAGUCAUCCAAAUCUAAGUCAUCAUCAUAACGAAACCCACGUUUUACCAGCUUCAAGUCAUAAUGACAACUUUUUUGACACUUUCACUGAAGAUGACAACUUUAUCAAUACGUUUACUGAUAUACCAGUGAUACCAGUCAUAUUCACCGAUACUCCAUUGGUUGUACAUGUAAGUACUACCGAAGCAAUUAAUUUAUUCACAGGAGAGGAGGAAAAAGGUCCAGAAAUACAUAAAGAUAUCGAUACCACUCCACAUGGUACACACAUAACUGACCUUUUGACAAGCAGUAUCAAUGAUAUUGAAUUUAACAAUGAUCAAGAGUAUCCAAGUAUUAUCGUUACCAAUGUUAGUGACUACGGAAAAAACGAAGGUAUGAUUCCUAAUGAAGAGGGUAAAGGAACAGAAAACAUGGCUAAAAUGGAAACAACUACUGACAGUGCUUUGACAGAAGCUACAUCGACAAUCGCAAAUAUAGAAAGCAAAGGCACAGAAAAUACAGCUAAAAUAGAAACAACCACUGGCAGAGGUUUUACAGAACCAACAUCGGGAAUCCCAAAUAAAGAAAGUAAAGGCACAGAAAAUAUAGCAAAAAUAGAAACAACAACUGGCAGGUAUUUGACAGAAGCUACAUCGGUAAUUACAAAUAAAAAAAGUCAAGGCACAGAAAAUAUAGCUAAAAUAGAAACAACAACUGGCAGACAUUUGACAGAAGCAACAUCGGCUUCAAAAGAAAAUAAAGAAAAUAAAGGAACAGAAGUUAUAUCUAAAAUAGCAACAACAACUGAGAGUAUGUUUAAAGAAUCUACAACGGCGAUUCCAAUUAAAGAAAGUAAGGUCACAGAAAAUAUUGUUAAAAUCGAAACCACAACUGACAAGAAUGUUAAAGGAACUACGGCGGUAACUGCAAAUGAAGAAAGUAAAGGAACAAAAAAUGUAACUAAAAUUGAAACCACUGAAACCACAACGAUAGAUCCUACUACAUCGACCCAUAUCGAGAUCACAACAACUGAAAAAACCAAAAUAGUCCCUCUUUCUGCAACCUUUAACAUAAGCGAAGUUGAAAGUUCUGUCAACGAAACUACACGCAAUCCUAGAGAAGAAACGGAGAAAGAUGAUCCUGAAUUUGCUGAAAAAGAGUCCCAAGAGUCGGAUGAAUCGAGUGAAGAAGACGAUGAAGAGGACGAGAAUAUGGUCACAGGAAUCCUGUCGGCUCUUCUAGGAGGACUUAGUAAGCCUGAUGGAGGUAUUGAUCUUGACGCAAUCGUUGGUCUUAUAGGCAGUUUAAGUACACAAAACGAUGACGGUAGCUACGACUUUUCUGGAUUAACUGAGUUACUAAAAGGAUUUUUCGGAGGAGGUGGAGAUGGAGGAGGUGGUUCUGAUAUCGGUGCUUUCGCUGGAGGUUUAUUAGGUGCCAUCAUAAAAGGAAUUGCAAACCCACCUGGUGGUAAAGGUGUUGGCGUUCUAACCGCAAAACUAUUAUCAGGGAUUUUGCCAGCCUUGAGCGUUGAGCCAAGCGAUGACGAUAUGGGAGGAAAAUUUGGAGUCAAACCUGGUGGUCUUGAUAUUGGUGGAUUUCUGGGAGGUUUCGUUAAAACGGUCUUUGGAGCUAGUGGAGGAGGCUUUAAUCCUGUGCAGUUUAUAAUAUCAACUGUAUCAUCCCUCUCCAACUCGAAACCAAAAGGGAAAUCUAAAAAAGAAUAAAACAAUAAUUUUCUGGUGUAAAUAUCAGCCUUGUAACUCGUGAAUCCAAAAAAAUCUGUCUAGUCUUAUGUUUUUGUAUAAUUAAUUAUGUUAGUUAUUAAUUGAUUUUGAAAUAUAUUGUAAUAUUGUAAAAUUCCAAGUAAUAAUUUUAUUCAAUAAACUAAUUUAUUUUAUAA